AUGGUUGAUUUACCAAAAGUUGCAGUUUUGGAUUUUAAUACUGAUCGUGCUCAUUUCACACUUGGUUAUUUUGCUGGUCAAAACAGGAGUUGUUGGAUUUGUAAGCCCGGUGAAUAUAAAAUGGUCAUUGUUUAA